AUGCCGUCGGCCGUGGUGGGCCUCCCGGUGGGGCCACGGUCCCUGACCAACCAUCUGACCACACUGACUCCCGAGCGGCAGAACCUGUUGAAUGCGCUCGCACGUUUCGCGUACUUCGACCGCUGGUCGGAGGAGCAGCGGCGGGCCUGCUGCAAUCUCGCACACAUCCGCCAGUUCCGUGGCGGCCAGCAGGUGUUCGUCGAGGGCCAGGCUACGGUCAACUAUGCGCACUUCGUGCUGAGCGGUGAGUGUGGGCUGCUGCAGUGCUUGCGGUUACUGCGGCGCACCGACCACCGUACCGACACCGUGCGCUACCGGCUGGCGAAGGGCCGUCCGAUCGACGACGAAAUAACGCGCUUCCACCGGCGACGAGCGGCUCAAGUUCUUCUGGAACACCCCAGCCUCUCAUUGUUUCGUUGCAGCUCGGUCCCCAGCGGAACCACCGGUGAGUACCACUUCAUCGACAUUGCCUCGUACAGCUGCGGCUCGGUGUUCGGUAUCGGGGAGCAAAUGCUGGAACGGGUAGUGUUCGCGCGCAGCCGCGUCCAGUGUCUGCUGAUACCGCGCUACUGGCUGCUGGAAAAGCCGCAGAACCGCGGCAAUAUCUGGAACCGGAUCCGCAUCUUCCUUGAGCAGCGGCAACCGUCGCGGGAGCGACUGUUCCGCCGGUUCGUGACCGGCCUCGCCUGGCACCGGUACCGUAGCCAGCUGGUGGACGACUUCGUGGCGAUACACGAGCCGCGCCACGUGCCCCGCCUGAUCGACGUACCGCUCGUUUGCCGCAUCGAAGAGUGCGACGUGGCCGUGUACGAUACAGCGGCACGCAAACACCAACGACGCGUCACCAGCUAA